AUGAACAAUUCGUUUAUAUUCUUUCUAUUUAUUGCGACAUUUGUAACGUGUACGGUCGCUUCUUAUCUCGAUAUUCCGGCACCACCAAAACGUCCUGAACGAUUUAAAACACGAGAUCAAAUAGAAGACUACUUGAAAGCUGUCAAAGAUUAUUAUGAUGCUUUUAAAAUUAAAUUGGUUCGCCGACAAAAUUCACUGCCUGAUUUAUACUUAAAUUUAGAUAGUGGUGAUAAAGAUCAACAAGAAGAAACGGAAAUAAACAACAGCAACUCUGGUGAUAGUUCAGAUGAACUCGAUCGUUUGUCGUAUAAAACCUAUCGUCAACAUUAUUUAUCACCAAAAUUUAUCCCAUAUCAAACGAAUCCACAUUCAUUUCUUCGUACAAUGAAACGAAAACAUUCGAAUAGACCGUCAUCGCCAAUUUUAUUUGAAUGA